AUGUAUGCGUCUAAUCUGUGCUGUACUGAACUGCGACGGACUGAUGUCCAAAAAGCUGUAAUACAAAUUGAGAAGCUCACGUCCAAGAAUCCCUCUACCAAUCUUAAAUGCAUCACGCAAGACACUUACCACAGAGGAAUGCUGAAAGAUCCUGUUUUCGUCGCACUUCAAGAAAUUUGGUAUAAAUUGUCAGAUUCACCUUUUACAGACAUAAAAACUGAAGAAUCAACGACCACAGAAUACAGCUGCAUCAACGAGUGGUUUCAUGCAUACCUACAAUACUUGGAAACUGUCCUAAAUCUUGAACGCGAGACAUAUUUCGUGGUUGACUUAAUUCCAAGACCACCUCCGCAAACCGAUAAGAAGAUUAUGCAGAGCCUCGAAGAAAUUGUGGUAUCCUGGCAGGAAUUGUUUUCAAGCAAGUUGUCAACCGAAGAUGAAGGAACUACAAAAUACAUUGAGGCCAUUCGUCUAAUAUUUGUUAGCGGAAUCCAGUUAAGGAAGAAGCAACGAAAUAGGAAAAAGCUGAAAAGCAUAGCUAAAUAUUUUUUAAGUCAGUAUGCAGAAAAGUUGGAGAAUAGACGUGAAAGUACUCAUAAAAAGUUACCAGAAGAUUUGCAAGUGGCGUUUAAAUUAGGAAUUUACGAAAAGAUACUAGAUGCUUUGGAGGACAGGGUUAAUAUUGAAAGUAUUGAACCUCCUCCUGUACCAAAUGAUUGUGAUGAAUGCCUGAAGAAACAAUUAAAUGCAGAAUUCCAAACAGCCUUGAACGCACUGAAAAAGAGAAUCAGCAUACCUGAGGACUUAGAUGGGUAAAUUAAGGAAGGAUAGAAACUUUUUUAAUUGAACGCAAUCUGUAAAUAAUUUGAUUGAUGGAUAGGUGGAUGGAGAGAGAGAGAGAUGGUGAUUAUAAAAGAAAGUAUUUUUACUUAGAAGUAACCAAGAAAACGGAAAGAGUGAACGCAAGCUCAAAAUGGUAGAGGAAGACAAUUCAGACCUCAGGUCUGUCAUAUAGUUCAUGUUUGGUUACGAAGGAAUUCAUCAAUAGAUGAUAUUUCAUUUUAUAGUCCAAUGAAAGUAUUUUUGUUUUGACUUUUCCUUAGUGACAUACACUGUAAUUUCAAAAAGUAAU